UAAAUAUAUUGUGCCAAAAGUUUUGAUAGUAUCAACACAAAAUGGUGAAAACAGCACAAAACGAAAGUGAUACUCAACAGUCGUCUGAUGAACAUGCGCGUAAACGACAAAAAGCUGCAGAACAUUUCUUUAGGAUGUCCAUUGUUUUGAUAGGACUUUCAGCAGGUAGCAUCGUCUUUGGAAUUGUAAUGGUUGUCAAUUUAGACCGAAUUUUUAGUUUCUCAGUGGACACAGGCGCUCUAAUAUGGUCGGGAGCAGUGCUUUUGCUCAAUGGUCUAUCGUGUAAUUUUGUCUCUAAGAUGGAUAUUAAUAAUAGAAAUCUACCAUCUUCGAAAUUGAUCAAGAGAGUAACUGUUUACAGAGUGAUAAACGGGCUGAGCUUAGGGAUAAAUGUUGUAGCUACAGGACUCUGUUUUGCCCCCAUCUUCUGGGUCAUACUGAUUUGUACCGGCGAUGAAGAUUAAACGUGUGCUGUUAAGAGAAACCUGAAGUGGGACAUUGUAGCAUUUAUACUCUCCAUUACUAUGUGUAUCUCUAACAUUGUUGGUUUUGUUUUUUCGUGUAUAUUUGUGAAAGCAUUGCAAUCUGAUGGAGAAGGAAAUCCUCCCGAGAGAGAAAAAAACACUCUAAAAAUUGUAAUUCCACCUCAACAGAACAUUAAUAGACCUCGUGAGCUAGAUCCAUCCCAACAGAUCACAUUGUAGUUUCAUUAAUAUUUGUGCGCAUCACUUUUCGUGGAUUAAGUAAAAAUUGCAGUUUCGAGGAUACAUAAAUUUGUGGAUAAUGGUCCUAACAGAAACUACAGGUACAGUGAGCACUGAGCUCACUAAAUAAUAAACCACUCCUAUCCCCCCGACUCCCUUAUGAUUAUAAUGGUAAAAUCCUUGUCAUUCUUUCUAUAAUGUUAAUAGUGAAGGGUAUCCAUCUCUUAUCUGCAACUGUCCGAUACCACUGAAUGAAAAAUGAUACUUUCACAGUUUCAUUAUUACAUAACGCCAUUGUGCACCUGCUUAUUUUGAUUUGACACUUAUUUAGUGUCUCCCUGAUAAAAUCAUGAACUUUGCCCCUAUAAUCAUAUGAUUUUAAUAAUUUGAUUUUCAAAAGUCGAAACCUUCAACAUGUUCAAGCGUUUAAAAAUCUUUAUUGUGUAACAAUAAAGGGUGAGGCAUUCCAAAUACCUUCUCCGCUGUACCACUUUGAGCUCGAUGGGUCGAUUAAGUAUGCGAUAAUGAAACAGAAUAUGAAAAACAAUUAAUGCAUUUUAAAAAUUACGUGUUAAAAGUAGCAACAAUUAUAUUGUAUUUCUAUUUAAUAAAUUGUGUUAGAUAAUUAUUUUUACAUGCAUGUCUUGUUUCUGGACUUGACAGAGAUAU